AUGCCAAAGAUUAUCAAGACAGGGUGGGGUAUUAAACUCGGAUCGCGCGUAAAAAACUGGAAGCGCAGGUGGUUUGUUCUUCUUAGUGAUGGUUCUCUCCGUUAUUUCGAAGAUAAAAUUACUUUUUCAGAAAAAGGUUAUUAUCAAAUUGAUAAGAAUACAACAUUUAAAAUAGCUUGCGCAUCUAGUGAAGGAAUUCCAAUUCACCUUACGAACAAAAAACGAAUUAUGCAAAUUAAUUUUCAAACAAGUUCAGAAGCCGAAGAAUGGAUUUCUGGAUUUUCUAGUGUCCAGGGAUUAAUGUAA